UUAAACCUUUUGUUUUGGCCCUUGUGCCGGUUAUUUUGUAAUUGUUUAUUGUGAAAGUUUUGUUUUGUUCAACUUUUUUAUUUACUUUUGUUUAUUAAACCGUGCAGCAGCUCUUCAACUGCAGUUUCCUGGUCUCUGAGUCUCUUUACCUGCCGAUUAACAUCUGGGCCUGCAAUGCUACCCUUCCACAUGCUGCAAUUCAAAUUUUACUUAGACUUCUGAUAAUAAGAAUUACUGACAGGAUACAUUUCCUAUUACAAGAGCCCAUUCUGAAACCUUUUUAUUGAACUGUGAGCUCAGAGGUGCAGCUUUUCAUUGCUUUUGUUGCUUGUUUUAUUUAUUUAUUUAUUUAUUUAUUUAUUUUCCAACGUUACCAUAACCAAAACGCAACUUGUUCACAACGUUGCUACAACGUAGAAUUGUUAGCUGGGUUUACACCAUGGCAAGAUAACUGGGAGGAGUUUCUCAUAGCAGCAGUGACUCAGAAUAUUAGAAACGAAACUUACAGCUCCAGGAGAAUGAAACAGAAAAAUUCUCUCUGACUUUUACACUUACCAGAGACACGCCGAGGCGAUUUUAGCACAGCGAUAAACAGACUCAGAAUCCACGUUUCCACAGGUUUUACCCAACAAGGCAGAUCUCUUUCACAGACAACAGAUAUGUGGGGCAUCCCUAAAAGCUGCAAAAUGGCAGCCAAACAAAAUACUUGUCUAGAGCUGCCAACUCUUGGAAGAUCUUUCCAGCUAGGAGUGCUUUACGACUGCCGCUCCGAUGCCAUUAUUCCAGGGACCACACUGUGGGAUUCAGAAGCCCUGAAGAACAAUGCUGACCUUCAACCUCAACCUGCUACUGAUACCCAACUGAUCACAGCAGACUCCACUGAGGACAAAGCUGCAGCUUUGAGCAUUGCACCGCCAUUGAAGGCAAGCAUUUUAAGUGGGCUCGUUGAUUUAAAAGGGUCAGCAGAAUACUUGACUUAUAAAAGCAAAUCUAGAGAAUGUGUCAGAGUUACUCUGUUAUAUAGAACAUCAGUUCAAUUUGAGGAACUGAACAUGGCUAACAUGGGGCAGCACAGUAUCUCCUACCCAGAAGUAUUUGACAAAGGCACAGCAACACAUGUCGUUACUGCAGUGCUGCAUGGAGCGCAGGUGUUUCUUGUGUUUGAUUGCAAAGUCCUUCCUUCUGAGAACAAGGACGACAUCCGCAGAAAACUGAAGUUACUGAUCAAAAACAAACUAAUAGAUAAAGGGAACGGUGACCUAAAAGAGGAAGAAACAUUAAAUAUUUCUGAAAUCAACUGCACCUUUCAUGGAGAUUUUCCACUUCCAAAGAAUCCUGUGACCUUUCAAGAAGCCAUUGACAUAUAUUCCACUCUACCAAACUUACUGGGUGAAAAUGGAGAGAAUGCUGUGCCAGUGAAAGUGUGGCUUCACCCCUUGAAUGAUGUAGACCCCAGGGCUGCCCAGCUUGUUCAUGAAAUACGUGGAGAUCUAGUUGAUUCUUUACAGGCUGUUCUGGAAGAGCUGGAUGAAUUUGAAAUGCUGUGCACUGACAUGAUGAAAGAUGAAGUUACACUGAAGUUCUCUGUGUUUAAUAAAAAGUUGCAGCAAUUCAAAGAGUUCUGCUUAGAGUACAAAUUGUGUUUCCAGAAACAUUUAUCAAGAAUGAUUCCAUUGAUCCGUAGAGCUGAAGAGACAGAAGACGUGAUUGUGGACAUCCUGAAAACCAGAGAACAGUCACCAUUCAGCAAGAAUGCGCUGAAGGCAUGGCUGGAUGACAAAGAUAAAGAGAUAGCAAUUUUAAGAUCUUACUUUAAAAAGCUAAAUGGUUUGGAAAUUAUGUCAUCAGAAAUCCAACUUGUGGAAAAAGUUUUAGAUAUAGAUGUGGAACACGUUGUCUGCUUCAUGUUUACCUCAUUGCAAAAUGAAGAAACCUAUCUGUCAGACCUGUCAAACUACCUGCAGUCCCAAAACCAUGAGAACCUACCAGGGCAGGUAGCCGCUCCCUAUGAUUAUGAAAAGCAAGUAGGACAGCAGUGGUUCAAAUUGCCAGCAGUUUCCAAAAGGAUGCGGAGCUACGCCAGGCUUUUCUUGGAAUUCUCAAAAGCCAACACGGCUUCAGAGCACAUUAAAUUCAUUGUAGCUUCCAAAGAAGAUACAAAUUAUGAAGGAGCAUCAAUUUACCUGUAUGAUGAAGGUUAUUUGGAGAACACAAACUUUGAACCUCUAUCAAAGCCUGACCCUCCACAGAUUCUUAACAAUACACACAACAGUGUUACACUGAAGUUAAUGCCACCAUGUCACGGUGCUGCUGAAGUAGAAAAGUACAAGGUAGAGUAUAGAGAUGCGGAAAAAGAAAUCUGGGCAUUGGUAGAAACCCCAGACAAAGCUGAACCAUUUACUGUGAACGGGUUACUUCCCAACACACAGUACCAAUUCAGAUAUUCAGCAGUAUGUAAAGCAGGAGUCAGUGCAUCUAGUGAGAUAAGUGCCAAUGUGACCACACUUCCCACAAGCCAGUCUGAUAGUGUAACAGGCUCCACAGAACCAGAUCCACCAAGCAAGAAAGAGUGUGCUGUGGUUAGAGAUAGGACUGGACAAGGUCCAUGCUCUACGGAAAAUAUAGACACAUCGCAAAACACCAACAGGAAUAAACUGAACAAAGGCAUGGGAGCGAGAUCAGAAACUAACCAGUACCAAGGUAGUGUUCAUACCCCACAGUAUGAAAGAGAUCCCAAACACAGGAAAGAGAGAUAUGACACGUCUCAAAGGGGAGGCUUAACUGACAGGAAGCCAGGAAGACUUGCUGAACAUGUUCGUAAUAAAAUGAGCAGAAAAAGUAAGGUGAAUACAAACACAAAACUUUCCUUGUUUAAUUUUUACUUGAAGGAAGAGAAGCUAGACAAGGAUGGAUACUGCAGAAGACAUACAUUUGGAAAACCAAGCCAAAAACAUAACAAGACGAUUAUGCUAAUUGGAGCCACUGGGGCAGGUAAAACUACACUCAUCAACGGGAUGAUCAACUACAUCCUGGGAGUAGAAUGGGAGGAUGACUUUCGAUUUGUGUUAAUUGACGAAGGGAAGCAGAAAUCCCAGGCUGAAAGUCAGACAGCAGCAAUCACUGCAUACAAAAUUAAUCAUAUGAAUGGAUUUCAGGUUCCAUAUUCCCUUACUAUUGUAGAUACUCCAGGAUUCGGAGACACAAGAGGAAUAAAACACGACCAAAGAAUCACUGAGUUGAUCCGUGACUUUUUUUCUCAACCUGGAGGUAUUGACCAGAUUGAUGCCGUCUGCUUCGUAACUCAGGCCUCGCUUGCUCGCCUGACCCACACACAGAAAUAUGUGUUUGACUCUGUUCUUUCCAUAUUUGGGAAAGAUAUUGCAGACAACAUUGUCAUGCUGGUCACCUUUGCCGAUGGACAGAAGCCACCGGUUCUUGAGGCAAUCAAAGUAUCCUGUAUACCUUGUUCAAGAGAUACAGUAGGAGACCUGAUUUACUUCAAAUUUAACAACUCAGCUCUAUUCGUUGACAAUACAGGACCCAGUGAAUCAGCUAGUGAAGAUUUUCAGAGCAAUGACUUUGACAAAAUGUUCUGGAAGAUGGGCUCAGCUAGCUUUUCUAAAUUCUUCAAUUCCCUGGUGAAGAUGGAAACUAAGAGCUUAGUUCUAACACAAGAAGUUCUUCAAGAGCGAAAGCAGCUGGAAGUGGUUGUGGAGGGUUUGCAACCCCAAAUCAACGCUGGUCUGACAACACUCGAUGAAAUAAAAAAGACUAAGCUUGCUUUGGAUCAACAUCAAGCGGAAAUGGAGGCCAAUAAGGACUUUGAGUAUGAAAUUGAAAUAACAAAACCAGUCCAGGUGGAAAAUACAAGUGGCUAUAUAACCAACUGCCAAAACUGUCACUUCACGUGUCAUGAUCAUUGUAUCUAUGCAAAUGACAAUGACAAAGAUAAGUGCCGCGCUAUGGAUAAGACAGGCUACUGCAAAAUUUGUCCUGGCAAAUGUAUCUGGAAUGUUCACUUUAACCAAAAGUACAAAUGGAGCUAUGUCAUCACAAAGGAAAAGAAAACAUACAGUGAGCUGAAAGACCGAUUUGAGGCUGCGCAUGGAGAAGUAAUGACUACAGAAAAUAUAUUUCAAAAUCUUGAAAAUGAGUUUGCUGUAGUUCAGGAGAUAGUGUACGGUCUUAUUGAGGAAUCACACCGAUGCCUUGGAAGACUGAAAGAAAUCGCUCUGAGGCCAAAUCCACUCUCCACCCCAGAUUACAUUGACCUAAUGAUCGAGUCAGAGAAACAGGAAGCCAAGCCUGGCUUUCAGGAUCGCAUCCAGGUAUUGAUGGAAGUCAGAAAGCGGGCAGAGAUAAUGGCAAAGGUUUUCACAGGAGAGGUCCUACCAGAUGAGUGGCAGCAGCAUCCAAUGACACAGAAACAAAAAGGAAAAGGAGUAUUUUGUGCUAUUAAAAACUGGUUUUGUUCGGUUGUUCAGUCGGGACAUUGGGAAAUGCAUAAUUAAGAAAUAAACCAAGUGGGACAUACCUGCCCGAAACCUCACAUGCCCUUCACUGACAGAACAUAAAUUACGUAAACUGAAUAAGCUGACAAGGAGAUAAACUGUAGCACUAUACAAACACUGGGUAGAAACCUAGUUAACCCUGACAAAAAAAAUCCUGAUAAUGCAUUUGCACCACAGUUUAUAAGAAAUACAAAUAAUAAAAAGUUUCCUUAAUUCUCUCUUGCCCUGAUGACCUGUAUAGUAACGCAGUUUAACACUGUUAAUUCCAAAUGGAGAGAUCGCUAGACAAUUUUUAAAACCGAGCUAAAAUAAAAGUUGCUCAUGCUGAAAAGGGAGAUGGAGACAAAACUGUGGGUUCUACAGCCCCUCAAAAAUGUAAUCCCUAUUGGAAGCUGAAGGACAGAUUGUUUUAUUGUUUUGUAUGUGUGAAGUGAUAUUCACCAGUGCCACCUGCUUGGUUCUUUCCACUAAGACCACCAAAACAGGGAUAUAAUACCCAACUUGACAGUUAUAAUUUAUAUAAUUUUUGGUUACUAGUUGACAUAUAUAUUAUUGUGUUAAUCACGUAUUUAAUUUAAUUUCUAUUACAUUGUUUUAAGGUUAGGUUUAGUGGUGUGUGGAUGCUUGUAUUUUCCUGAGUAAUUCCUUUAAGAAGAUGGUUAGGCUAACCGCACCAGACGGCAACUCAUUUUAUAAUUACAUACAUAUGGGUAAAUUACUAGUGUGGGGCAUUAACAUUAAUCAGCAUGUUGCUGUCACUGUACUAUGGGGAUUGUUUCUUUUGAGGUGUGCAUUUGUGCUCGCAAUCUAUUUUAAGAAGUGUGUUUGUGUACAGUAUGAGUAACUGAUUAUUUGCAUUACCUUUUGAUGAAAACAACAUUUCUAUAGCUUUUAUUUGAGUGUGCUGAUCUACAGCUUCUCUGUCACAGUGCCACAGGGGCGAGCUGUAAAGGAGUGUUUUCACUAAGCUAGUAACACCUUUCAUAUCACGUUUUCACAUAUUCAUGUACUUGUGUUUUCCCUCUUUGAAUAAAUAAAAAAAAUCUCA